AAUGUAUCCAUCUGAAUCCAUUUCCUCAAAAAAAUUACUUUGGAAAUGUUCUUGGAAAAGAGAAAACUGCAGGAAGGGCUGAUGGAUAAAAUGACACAUCUAAGGAGAAUUUGAACAGUGCACAGUGACGAGGUUUGAACCAAAAAAAAUUGAGUUUCCUGUAGAGCACAGUUGAAAUGUGAAAUUCAUUGUCACAAUAAAAAUAACAUAUGGAUUAAAAAUAAAAUUAUUUGUGUUCAUAGAAGAUAAGUCUACCUGGGCAAUCAAAGAAAGAUUUCUGGAGGCAGUCAUUAACUUCAUAUGCCUUGUGUUGUGAGGAGCAGUUCAGCUUUAGAUAAAAUAUGAUGAGGCUUGUGUUUGCUUUCCUCUUCUCUUCAGCCAUGGAGAGGUGACAGUGGCUGUGCAUUUGUCACGUUGUUGGUGCCUACUGCCUGUAGCACUUGGUCUGACCAACACCACCCCCUACACUGGUGGUUUCUCAGUGAGACCACUCCUGUAAUCAUUAGAUUUGUGCUUGAUGUCCGAAAGCUGACAGUCCUUAAAACACUGAUGGUUCUCACUGCACAUCCUGACUGUGUAUUAAUGGGACAAACAUGUUAUUGUGGUGUUUCUCAGCUUGCAGGCAAGUAUUUUAAUUUCUGUGUAUUAGUCCUUUGAUGAAUGUUAUGAGGAUAUGUGAUUACUGAAUGGUAACCUGCUCCUUGCAAGUUGCAGUUUUAACCAUUUAGGAGUCAAGAACAAAUAAAUCCACCCUGUCUCUCUUUUCCUAUUUUCUUUCUAAUGUUAUUCUUCUACCCUCCACAGUUGCUCCUUUUUUUUCCUCUUUCAUCAUCAUGUAAUUGGACUUGCAAUUUCCCCUUCAUGCCUUCUGAGUUGCAGGUGACAGAAGGGAACAUUCAGCUGUUUACCUCGUCUAGAAGUGUUCUUUAUAGCCUAGCAAAUUUAGUGAAAUGUUUAUCCACUUUACAAAUUGGAACUAAAUGCCAUCGCUUCCCCAAGCAGAGCCAGUCAGGUUCAGCUGUUGCUGGAACUGAGAUGAUGUUAUUGCUUGGGUGGUGAAGCUGUAAGUUAAGUUGUGCUUUUCAUUGAUUGAGGAUUUAAGUUGGUCGUUGGAGGAUAAAGGAAAAUAUAUGGGAAUUAGGUAACAGAUUUUCACCACUUGUUGAGUUUGAGGAUACAAAAAAGUGAAACCAUACACAAUUUACCUGGCAGUGAGUUUUACGAUUGCAAGUUAGAGACUGACAGAGGUAUUUCUGAUGAAGUUUGAGCUGGAUAAUCAUCUGGUGUGUUCAGUGUUGAUCCUGUCUGCAUCUCAGUGACUGACUGUGCUUGCGUUUUCAACCUUGGGAUAUGGGAAGUCUUGGGAUGUGCAAAAGCUGCCAGACAUAAACCUGUUUGGUUUUCUGAAUGGGUAAAAGUGCCUGGUGUGCUAAAUUUUGGUUGUGAGUCUAGAUCACAGGCCCUGCCAGGUUUCUAGAUGGCCAGAAAUCCAGGUAAAUAAUUUCUUUCUGUACUAGAGAUGAGGAUCAGCAACAGGUUUCAGACUCCAUGAUCCUUGCAUUUGAACCCACAGCUGGAAUUCUAUCUCUGGUGAUGAGACACUGGUGGCAGAAAUUAUACUAUGUCAUAAUUAUUUUUUAAACUUACUUAUACCCAGAAUUUUUGUAAGUUUUCUGUGCAUUGGAGGCAUCAACAUGCAGCACACUUCAAAGAGAUGAUCUGCUGGUCAGGUGCUUUCUACAGGCAUAGCUUAUGACAAUGGUAUGGAAGCUCUUUUUUAAACAUAGAGAGACAUAUGCAAGAGUCAGUAAACAAAAAGGUUCUGUAAAAUAUGAUCUUAGGUUGUGGGAAGAAAGAAGUUUUCCAGGGCACGUUUGUCCAGAUCACUGCUUGCUAAAAGGCAUUUUUUUGUUGCUCUUGAUGUUUUGUUCUCUAAAUACUCUUGCCUUUGUUUAGAGAGAAACAGAGCAAUAAACACAGGGCUCUGGAUUCAGAAUGCGUGGUUAAGUGAUGUUUAGGUUUGUUUAUCAUCUUUUCUUAUUGAGCACACAGUUAAAAUCUCAAUUUUAGAGCAUAAACUGGUCAGAGUCCAUGGCAGGGUAAUUUACUGUGCUCCUUAGACAGUUCCUUUUCUGACAUAUUUUGGAGAGCUGGGAAGACACCUCACACAGGUUAGGCAGAAUCUGCUGUAAUGGAAGGGUGAGUAUAGCUAUUUGCUAAUCUUUAACCCAGAGUGAACUGUUUUAUCAGUCAGUAACCAGAAGGCUGUUUAUUCUCAGAAGAUUUAAUUUCACCAGUAAAGGUGGAGACCCCAGCAGGUGAGGGGGGUGGGGUCAUAAUUUUUUUUGGAGAAGGUUCUGACCAAAGAGUCUGGGGAGGGAGGAAAGUGGAAGGGAAAUUUUCUGUACAGAGGACAUACUGCUAAAGUCUUUCCUGCUGAGUUCAGCUUUGUGACUGAUGAUCUGUAGCCAAUUCGCUGCCAGCUUUCAGCAAAUAUAAGAUGUUCAAGUGCCUGUGCUUACCUGGAUUAAAAAAUGAGCCUGUAUAAGGCUCAACCUUCUUGAAAAUAAGGGAACUUCAGCUCUGGUUCUAACUUUGAUACUAGGCCCUUUCUGUACAAAUAGAGCAAUUUCCUAGCUCUGAACUCCCUCAGAUCCGCUUGAGUGUAUUAGCUAAUACGCUAAGCCUGUAUCUAAAAAUACCCACACCCUAUGGGCACUUGCUAGAGCUGUAGAAGCCAACAAGUUUGCUCACAAUCAGAGACGAGGUGGAAUAUUUUAUGAGUUCAUGCGGGUUCACCAGUCCUGUCUGUUGCAACCAGAUUCAAGACUGAAUUUCACCUGAGUUAGAUGCCAAGCCUAAAACAUGCUUGGAUUUUCAGAGGUUGUGUGAGCUGUAGUGAACUUCCCAGCCAGUCUUGAGGCUUGUAGUGACAUAUAUAGGCAGGAUGCUUUCUCUGUGUUCCAGUACCUGCAACAGAGUAACUGCAGUGGUGCUAGGUCAUGAGAGCAUUGCUAGGAUUCUGUCCCUACGAUGACACCGGGAAAGAAAAUGCCUCCAGUUUCCCAGCAGCAAGUUCACGUGAGAUUCACUGUCUAAUAAACCUAAGCUAUUCUUUAGAAAAUAAGAUCUGCUAAGUGGUAAACUUUUCUACAGUUAAAAAACUUCAUACAAGUGGGGAAAGAGGGAGUUCAAUCUCCAUUACCCCUUUUCUCCUUGGCACAUGUGUGUGAGGAGAUCUCCAGGUGAAACUACCAGAUGGUAGUUUAUACGCAAUGUGGACAACUCUUUGGAUUUUAUUGCAAUUCUUGCAGUAUCAAGUAUACUUUUAGAGUCUUCAGCCCCUGCAAUCCAGUGAUUAUGUGUGAGUCUUGGAUUUCAUUGUUGAAAAUGGGGUUAACAGAGAAAGCAGGAUCCAAGUAUGACCUGGAAAUUCAACAAGAAGAAAAAAAUUUAUAUUUAUACCUAUAUCUAUAUUGUGUUUAUUCCAGUCUCAUCAUAUUCUAUAGUCUAAGUCAUGAAUUUUUAACACAUUUUUAAAGGGACUGAGGGUUGUUUCAUGUAAGAAGAUAAGUGGUAACUGGAGAGUGUAGCACAACGUUGCUGUCACAGGACACCUAUAGCUGCACAGUUACCUUGUGCAGGGAACAAACUGAGGCAGCUGCCAUUUUCUGCUUUAGUUAUGAUGCUUAUGUGAGCAAGCGUGUGCUCCAGCUUUUUUCUGUCACCAGAGAUCUGUGUUUGCUGUUUGGAAAACUCAGAAAUCUGAGCUUGCAUCAGUUUCAUCAUCUUUCUUACAACUCAUAGCAUUAUAGGCUCUGGAGAAGUCUAAUCAUGCUUUGAGUCAUGCUGUGUCCUUGGCCACAGGGACGCUGUGAAUUUCACAGGUUAAUUAUACUUUGGGUAUAACAAUAUCCACGUUAAACAGCACGACUUUCUAUUUCAUUGGAUACCUCCUUGUUUCUGUGUUUUGAGAGAUGGAAAACAGAAAUGGAGAAGUGAAUGGAAGAAUAAAAGUCUGCAUUUGCUAUCUCCUGGGCUCCUAUCCCAAACACUGAGUCUUAGGCGCUAUAACGUUAUUAACAGAUGGGACACAUUUUGAGAUAUUAUUCCAGGGAAUAGUGCCAAAAAUCCUGGUGGUGUCUCUGCCAUUUAGAAGAGUUAGCACUGUAGGCAGGCUCUCCCUAACCUGCAGCCUUCUGUGCUCACAACAAGGGAAGAGAGGAUAAUUAAAGGGUGAGGAAUACCCAGGAUCUCAUCUGUACCUUUUGUUUAAGGAUUUCCAUCACUUUCCAAAUAUUCUGUAGUGUGCUUUAAAUAGCGUCUAGUGUAUUGUCUGAGCUUCUGAGUCUAGGUGUGCAAUGCCAUGCUACUCAGGGUAUACCUUUAAUAGCUGAGGAAUGCCUUACUACCUUGCCAAUCAGAAUAUUUUGAGUUGGAAGGGAUUCACUAGUAUCAUCCAAACCUAAGUUCUGGCGCUGCACAGGACAGCCCCAAGAAUCAUACCAUUUUCAAGAACUGGAGCUUUUGAUCCUGGUACUGCCUUCACCUGUAGUGAGGGGUACUCUUUUCUUCAGGAGCUUUUUGGUCAAAACAGAGAAUGUAGAGAAGUUUGUUGUGGAACAACACUGUCUCACUGACUGGAGUCUCAAAGGUUGACUACUGGGUCAGUGUCUUCUUUGACACGUGUGUUCAAGCCGGGCCACAGUGUAGCUAAGAAAGUGGUGGGCCACUAAGUUCAGAUGAAUGUGCUCUAUACAGUGACCACAGACAUAUUUUAAUAGUUGAAGCAGAUGAGCAGCUGUGGACAGGGAUAACUUUGUUGUUGUUUUUGUUUUUUCCCUGCAGAGGGAGAAGUAGUUAGCUAAACUUGAUAAAAUUACCCAGAAGCUUCGUGAAAAAGGUUUUGGGUAGUGGCUGCUGCAGAUUUGUAGUCACAUGAGUGCAUUUUGUGAAUGGGAUGGGGAGCUGAUCUCUGUAUAACUGCACGGGGCAUUGUGUGAUAAGCCUUUUUCUUAACUACAGGCUUCUUUCUCUGAGAGCAGGAGCUGAGAGGGGUGAAUAUUUUCCUGCAAGCAAAGUGACUGGGUACUGGUUCACAUAUAAGGAGCUUUUAGUUCAUUCCCCUACCAGUUAUUUAGCUGAGAUAUUAAUUGUCAGGCAAUUUCUCUGUAAAAAGAUAAAACAGAGGCUAUAAGUACCAAAAAACCUGCACAGGUCAAGGACUGUAGCUUUUCCUAAGCUUUGUAAAACUUUCUAACAUGUAGAGGUACUCUUGGAGCAUGUUAAGGCUACUCUGGGGAAAUGUUCCCCUCCAAAAUGAGGUUUCUGGUUCUGUUGCUUUGCGAGCAGAUCAGGGGCCAGACCAGGGCACCAGGUUGCCUGCAGCACAGCUAAUAUUGCCUGUAUCAGGAAGGGAUCCAGAGUGUGGCAUGCAGACGGCAACUGUUGCUCAGCUUUUCCAGCUAUCUAGAAUAGAUCUGACAAGCAAUUAGAGCAUGAAUAUAUUACAGAGCCGAUGGGGGAUGCCUUUGUUAAAACUUGUGACCCAUACUUAGCUGCUGUUUACAUUGGCGGCCGCUUCGAGGGUGGGCAAGACCCUACCUGCCUGUCUUUCUCCUCUCUCCUUCUCUGUGCGGAACGAGCCGGGGAGCUCUGCAUCUCAUUGGAUAUUUCAAAUGCUUUCUGCACAAGUCAUAAUUAAUGCCGAGUUGUGGAGCUAAGACCAGAUGUGCUGCCGAGAUUAUCUCCCAGGGCAGAUCGGCUGCUCUCCGCUCUGAAGCGCUGGGUGAAUGGAAAGCUGCCAGUGCUGGGACCCAGAAUGUGUCUGAUGCCUGAAGUCAGGACUUUCUUUCUCUGCCGCUCCUGCUGUCUGACACUGCCUGGUUUCUGCUUGAAGCUCAGCGCCUGUCAUGUAGCAGAGUGCUGCACAAGAACGAGAGGGAUCUUUGGACAGCGGUUGGAGGACACCGUACAGUACGAGCGGAAGUAUGGCCAGCGCUUGGCCCCGCUGCUGGUGGAACAGUGUGUGGAUUUUAUUCGGGAGCGAGGUCUUACAGAGGAGGGGCUCUUUCGGAUGCCUGGACAAGCCAACCUUGUCAAAGAUCUGCAGGAUUCUUUUGAUUGUGGAGAGAAACCCCUUUUUGACAGCAACACAGAUGUUCACACUGUGGCGUCCCUCCUGAAGCUUUACCUUCGAGAGCUGCCAGAGCCUGUCAUCCCCUUUGCCAAAUAUGAAGACUUUCUUUCUUGUGGACAGCUACUCUCAAAAGAUGAAGGAGAGGGAACCCAGGAACUGGUUAAACAGGUGAAGAAUUUGCCCCAAGCCAACUACAACCUCCUCAAAUACAUAUGCAAGUUCCUCGAUGAAGUUCAGGCUCACUCCAGCAUUAACAAGAUGAGUGUCCAGAACCUGGCUACAGUAUUCGGACCAAAUAUAUUACGUCCCAAAAUGGAAGAUCCGGUGACCAUGAUGGAAGGCACCUCACUAGUUCAACACCUGAUGACAGUGCUGAUAAGUGAACAGGGGCGAAUCUUUGCUGUUCCUCAGGCAGACGUGCCAGGGAGCCAGCUGGAAAUCAGGCCCGUGCGGCAGCGCAGUACUGUGGAGUGGAUCUCUGAGGAGGACGGGGAGGACAGCAGGUCGGAGAACAGUGCUCCCAGCCCCGCUGAUUUGCCUUCUAGCAAUGCUGUGGCACUAGAGGCCACCCCAGGACCUGCAGUGAAAAACACUCCUCCAGAGCAUAGUGGCAAAUUAACUCAGCCUGCCACCAGCCCCAGUAAAAGAGUGCAGACAUUGCCUCCAUGGAAAUACUCCUUCCGCCAGCAGGGAGCACGGUCUGUGAGUCCAAAGCUCGGCAGCUCAUCCUUAGAUAUCCCCAAUCUCUCCUCCAGCGGGAACUGGUUGAUGAACGGACUGUACUCACUCCGAGGCCACCGCCGGACAGCAUCUGGGGAGCGAGUUAAAGACUCAUGUUCCUCCCAGAGACUCUCCACUUAUGACAACGUCCCCUCAUCCAGCCUGUCCCUCAGCACACACAGCAUGGCCAGCACUACAUGGUCAACGUCGUCAUGUGAGAUUUCCGUGAUGGACUCAGUCAGCAGCUGCCCAGCCUGCCGGGCCAGUGACUCUUCUGCUUUAAGCUCUCUCAAAACGGAGUGGAUAACUCAGGGCUCGCUGUCUCAGAGCGAGGGCAAGACUGCAGACCUGGAAAACAGCAUGGACAGGUUUGAUGCAUGCAGCAGCAGCAGCAGCGAACAGAGCGACCCAGCUGCAGCUUCCCGAGACUCUGUCCAAUGCUCCAGGGCCUUACAGAGCUUGGUGGUGGAGCUAAAGACAGAACUGAGCAAACAGAGGACUGAGUAUGAGACUAGUAUCAAAAGAAUUGAAGAAACAAGUGCAGACCUGAGGAAACAAGUGGUUAGGUUAGAAGAAGAACUGGACCAAGAACGAAAGAAAUACACGAUGCUGGAGAUCAAGCUGAGGAAUUCUGAACGUGCUCGUGAAGAUGCUGAGAAGAGAAAUUACCUCCUGCAGAAGGAAAUGGAGGAGUUUUUUUCAACAUUAGGAUGUUUAACUCUUGGGAGUCAAAGUGCUAAAGUCCCCAAGUAGAACAAGCACAGAAAUUUCUAUUUCUGGCAAAAUGAGUGAAAAUGCACACUUUGUUCCAGUAUACUCAUGUAUCAUGAGUAAUUCUACAGUGAUUGCGCUAUUGGUGACACUUGCUCUGUUGUCUUUACAUGUGCUAUAGUAUUUGGGCAAGCUGGGAAAGUGUGACCAUAAUGCUUGAAAGUUUAGAUGUCAGAUGGCCAGGAAAGGGGCCCCCUUUAAUAUCCACAGAACAAAAGACACUCUUCUCCAGAGUUGUCCUGCCAUCUUUGGAUUCAAAUGCACCAUCCUUUCGCUGGCUCAAGGACAGUGGAAAGUCCUGCAGCAGGGGUGGAUGGCCAGAACCGAUGGACAGGCUGAGCCAGGAGAUGAGGGCCUCCUGCACUUGUGCCUGGGGAGAUGGCAGUUCCAGUCUGCCACCACAGCCAGUGGGGUUGUUUACCAGAUGAAUUCUAAUGAGGUGGUUUUGUCCUCACUCCAUACAUAAAGGUUGUUCAAAUUUCUCAUUCCUAAAGUGGCAUUAUUUUAUGAAGAUACUGUGAAAACAAAAUCUACAAAAAAGCUGAAGAUACCAAAAUCUUGACAGUUCACUAAAAUGGUCCCUUACCUGCCAAACAGUUUCAGUGUUUCAUAAAAAUGCAACUUAUUAAACUGUAUGUGAUUAAUCAGAUUGGCUACACAAACUCCAUGGAACUUUAAAUAUGCACAUUUUGCCCUAGGUAUCUGGGGGAUUUUUGAGCCAAAAAUAGACCAGUAUUAGCUGCAAGAAAAAAAAAUUUCAUGACUUGAUUUAUGUCAUAAAGAUAGAAUAUGGAAUAUCAGUCAUCAAGGUAGAAUAUGGAAGAUUCUUAUCAUCAAAAGACAUUCAACUGAUCCAGCUGCUGAGGGUUUUUAAUCUAUAAAACUCUAAUAGCAAAACCUAUGGUAAGAGAAAUUAGUGUUGUCAGGGUGGCGGGCAUUGGGGUGGUGAAGGGAGAAGGGUGGGGAUCUAUCUUUAACCUUCCCUGGACAAUUUACACUUGGCUGUCUUGUAUCACUUCUCAUUACAUAAUUAUAUUUUUUUGUUGGUGGUUCUCACAGGGAGAUGAGGGGACAGGAGGGAUAUUGCAAACAACCUGUCAGCCCAAGUUCAUUACUUCUACUAAGAAAAAAUCCAUUAGAAUGAAGCUGUAAUUUCUGGUAAAUACCUGCCAGGGCUGACUUCCCUCCCAAGGGAUUUUGAGAAGCUCUGCAUAGCAUUUGUAGCACCCUGAGCCAUGUGGAGCCUGCACACAGAAAAUUGUUUCACCAGAUUCAGCUUGAACUCUCACCUGCCAGCCCAGCACUCACAGCACUGUUCAUGUUUUCUUGGCACUUUAUUUUUAACAGCUGAGGCAGCUUGGGAGUCUCUAAGAAGAAAGUUUUUUAACAGAAAAGUGUCAUGACAACAUGAACUGGCUAAAGGGAAAGUACAGAAGGAGCAAUGAAGAGCUUGCUUUAUUUUAAGUAUUUAAAAAAAAAUGCCCUGAAUCUUGUUUCUUACUAGAGAAGACUAUAACUCACUGUCUGGAAAUAAGAAUGAGCUUUUUUACAUAGCAGCAGAUAGUACACCUUUCAGUAGCAACUUUCUCAUCAUCAACUCACAUCCAGGUAUUUCAGUAUUUAAACAUCUGGAUGUUUACUUAUUUCUGCUGCACUGUAACACUUCUUCCUAUAAAAAUGUAAGCCAUUGAAUGGGAGCCAACCCCAGCAUUUUAACCUAAUCUUUUCUGGAUAAGACAAGUCAAGCAAGGUGGUACAGUAAGCUGUGGACAGGUCAAUUCCGUUACUUCAAAGCUUUUUUCCUCCUUCCCAGGCUCUCCAGCAGCACUGGAUUCCUUCCUGCCCGUGGCGUGAGGCAGCAGGUACCCGCCUGUUCAGCAGCACCCGCCUGCCACCUGCAGGCACAAGCAUCACCCCCACCUUCCUUCUCCAUCUCUGCCUUAGGUUACUACUGAUGGUCACAAGUGAUCUUGCAUGGAAUAGGAUGGCCAUUUAAAACAGCAGCAUUAAGAUCCAUAAUAAUGUGAGAGAGAAGCAGUUGUUGUAACAAUGACUGAGCUGGAGAGCACAGUGUGGCAUGGAGCUGCAAUACCAGGCCAGUUAUCACAAAAUAAACCUAAAUAUUGAAGGGUGGCCUGAAUCAGGGUGUAAGUAGAAAAUCAGGACUGAUAAAAAGGAAGUUUCUACUGAUAACAUUCAAUACAACUAGUAGUAACAACCAGGGUAUUUCAAUGCCCUCUCUUACUGCUAUCCCAAAAGUGGAAACCUUUCACUGUAGCCAUCCUGACGGCUCACACAUCCCUUAGACUAUACUGCAUUAUCUCCUAUAUCUAUCAAGUGCAGACUGCUCCCUUUAGUUUGGGAACACUACAAACUUGGGAACUGAGCCAUGCUGACUGGGAGACUAAACACCAAAUAUGCAAGACAAGCAAGUGAACAGGACUGCUGGCCAACUCUGUAAGUAUUUAACCUUAGGUAACUACUACAUACAGCAGAACUGGGGAACAAACCUACCUAUCCCAAACCUUCAGCUCCAGGACAGGACAAUCUGUCAGAUCUGUAGGAGUAAAAUUACUCUGGCAUUCAGGAUAAAAUUAAUUCUUCUUUUCAAUGUCACAAAUGAAACAGUAUACACUCAAACUGAUUAGUGAAACUAAACAGUUGCAGGUUGACUGUUGUGCUCCAGCACCAUCUAUGCCUCUUGUUCAUGAGGAAUAAAUUCCAGCUCCUUUUGAAGAUGAGACGCUGCAGUAAACAAAGCCUGCAAGAACCUGCAAACUACCCAGUUCACACUAAAAUUCACGAUGGUAGGAUGUUAACUCUUAAGUGCAGCGACAGAAGUAUAAUGUUCAUUUCCAGACAUGGGCAAUUAUACAAGAAAUGGGAAUCCACCUGUGCUGUUGUACACACCUCAUGGAACACUAUGCCCUUAUUUGAGGAUGAUACACUCUUUCCUAGUUUUAACUGCUGUUUCCAUACUCUUUUCCCACCACUUCAUUUCCCCAUAUCAAGCAUCCUUAUUUUGCAGACCUUUCGCUCAUUACAGCCCCUGAUUUAAAUGUCAGCUUUCUUAGCAAGUGUUUACAAGAUACAGGUUGGUAAUAUUACUUAACACGACAAAAGGUUCCUGGAAUCAGGUAGAAAUGUUUUUACCAUAGCUUCACCUGUGCAAUCUUCCAGUAUUUUGCAGGCAAAAAAGCAUAAAAACUUUUCAGUGAAAAAACCCAACACAAGCAUAUACUUUAAAAAAAAAAUCAAAACAGCAAUGCUUCAGAAUAACAAAAAAACCCUUCUGAAGGUCUCCAUGUAAUUUCUAACACAAAAAGGAAAAUGAACGGAAGGUAGCUCAUUGAAUCAUCUACAUUCACCAGCGAGUUCCAUUGCAGCCAGCAGCACUAAGCAGUGUUUCAGUCCUGAGUCACCCACACACAAAUCCUGGGCAGAGCUAAGAUUGUCUCUCCAGCCUUGCUCUGUUAUUGGCAUAUCAUUUGAAAUUGGCUGCCCUUUAUGCUGACAUGCAAAUAAAGAAAAGCAUUUGUGAGUCCUACCGCAUUCCUAGAAGAACGUCUCAAACAGCUGGCCCAGAGAAACAAAGCUGGCUACAAUGUACUGCAGGAGUCACAGUCCCUCUCCCUUGAAACUGUACAGGGACACCAACAGCACAGCUCAAGGGCAUCUGCAGUCUUUGUUCAAGGAAACACCCACACCCUGCUGGAAGUGAAGGCAAUCAAAUGCAUUUUGUGUUAGGAUUUACCCACAGCAGAGGGGCCAGCAAGUGGUCUGGGCACACAAGUCAGCUCUCCAGAAGUGAGAUCCUUCAGGUUUCUCUGAGACUCACUUCUAGUCCCAUACACUAGACAACCCGUGGCUUACCUCUUUCUGCAGCACAGGGUCUUGGCAGCUGUAUUUCCAGGAAAUAAAGUGGCUAGAGCUAGCAGCAAGGAGGCAAGAACACAUUCCCAGUGGUUGCAAAGACACGUGGCUGUUAACAGUCUGUGGCACAUCCAAAGUCAGUGGGAAUGGAGAAAUGGAAAAAACAUGUCACUUUGCCCAUGAGUGAGCUCACACACAAGACAGGACUUGAAGUACCAUUAAAAACCAGAUGAAUUCUCAAGAAGUACUGACUAAUAAGAUUUCAAGUGCAGCCUUUUUAUGCAAUCCAUAUGAAACCAUUCUAGCCUAGCAAUGAAGAAACACUAAAUGCAUAGUGGUCAAACUUUUUUUUUUCUUUUUUAUUUAAAAUAUCAUUAUAACCAAUUGACAUACUAGAUAACAAUGUAUACAUUCCAGUGGUGCACAUGUAAUGACCUAUGGCAUGAAUGAGUAAAAAAACCCACAAUGUUCUCAGUAAUGCCCCACCAACAGCUUAUUUGGAGGGAAUAAAGGAAGAGGAAAAGCAGGAAAAAGUAUCAAAUGUGGGGAAGAAAAAAGAAUUACAGUUUUCCCCAGUAUUUUUAAUGGUGUAUCUUCUACUUCAUAUUUCUUGGGACAUAAUAAAAUUAAGAAUAUACUUCAAAAGGG